AUGGUAAGCAAAAGAGUAGUCAAAUGAUGUUAGUUUACAGCUUGGAUUCAUACAUGCAUGUCUCGAAACAAUGGUAGUCAAAGAAAGAGGACUUGAGACCUACAAAGAGUUACUGUAAGUUUAUUAUUUUUUAUGAAAAGUAGUUUUUUAAGGAAAAAAGCAGGAGUAGAAGACUGUGUGGAAUGGAAAUCGAUGCAGUCAUAUCCGGAUGAACUGACGUUCCGUCUCUUCCAUGCCAUGUCCAAUAUCCUCAGACUGUCAACGGAGAAUGGAUUGGAAACAUUCGGUGAAUGGAUGCUGGAUUAUGUAAUGACCAACAAAUGGGACACUCUUCUCAAGUGUUUGGCUGACAAUCUUCAUGAUUUUCUUGACAAUUUGAGUCCCAUGCAUUAUUUCAUUGACAACGUCGCCUUCCAACAUGAUCUCCAGGGUCCAAGUUUUCGUUGUGAAGCAAAUUCAGAUGGAUCUCUGCGAUUACAUUACUAUUCGGAAAGGAAAUCCAUGUUCCCUAUGGUUAAGGGACUCAUUAGACGAGCGGCUGACAAAUUAUUCAACCUUCAAGUAGACAUUGUUAUAGUAGAAAGGCUGCAGGAGAAGAAAGGAAAUGUAAUCACAGAACAUGUCAUCUUCAACAUCAAUUCAGCCGUCUCUCUGGUUAAACCAACCACUCCAGCUUUGUUAGUUUUGAGUAAAAGACCUAAGGAACUGGUAAGAUUUGUCAAGGAUAAAAGUUCAUCUUUCAGAAAAGUCUUAUAUCAAUGAGUGAUUUGUGCACUCUGUAUCCAUAUCACGUCUGUUUUACCAAACAAAUGAUCAUCGAGCACUGUGGGAAUUUUAUUUAUCAAGAAUUCCAGUUGGCCAAUAAGAGGAUGAUGAAAUUAACCGAUUUAUUCACAUUAAUGUCGCCGGAGGAUCUUAGCGUGAGUUUAUUUAUUCUACAAAGCCUGAGGGCUUUAUUACUGCUAAUAAAAGGAUUAACUUUUCAGCUGAGUUUCAAGAAUAUCAUCAAUUAUCUUAACACUCCGUUCAUUUUCCGGGCCAAACAAACUCUUCGGAGAAAUCAGAGUCAACCCAAACCACUAAUUGUGAAAGGACAGAUGAUUACUGUAGGAAAUAAUGGGGAGUACAUGUUAUUCAUGGGAUCCCCGUAUUUCUCGACGAUUAGUGAGUUAGCAGAGAGUAAUAUGUUUAUCAGUGAUUACCCUCGACAUGACACCACCAGAGAUCUGAUCAUGCUCAAUCAGACUCGGCUUUCUCAACAAGAAGUCAAGUAAGAGAAUAACAAUUUAAAUCAUUUUUAAGUCGGAAAUUGGAAGAACAAGCCGAAAAUCUUCGGAAAAUGGCCUCAGAAUUGGAGGAGAAAAGAAAAAAGACGGAUCAUCUCCUGUUUGAGUGCCUCCCCCCAACUGUGGCUGAACAACUUCGUCAAAGUCAUCAUGUGGAACCUGAAGUGUUCAAUGAUGCGAGCUGUUUACAAUGCGAUCUUCCGUACUUUGACCUGAUUAUAAAACGACUGGGCCCCAAAGAAUUGGUGGAUCUGGUCAAUGAAGUCUUCCACACCUACGAGGCCCUGAUAGAUCUCCAUGGCUGUGUGAAAGUGCUGUCUAUGAUGGAUUCGUAUUUCAUGGUGUCUGGAGUCCCCGUUCCCCAAUCAGAUCAUGUUGACCGAAUUCUGAACUUAGCCUUAGGCAUGAUGCACGAUGUGAAAAAAAUCAUCGUCCCUCGCUUCGGUCAACCUGUUUUGGUAAACAGAAAAUGCCCUUAAAUCCAAUGUUGUUAUUCCAGAUCAGAAUUGGAGUGCAUUCAGGGCCCGUAGUUGGAGGAAUUAUGGGAAUUACAAAAAUCAGAUAUGCAGUACUAUCGGAGACUGUAAAUAUUAGCAAAAGGCUUGCCCAAUACAGUUCUCCAGGCAAGAUUUUGGUUACAAAUGCCGCUAAGACGUGAGUUGAAGACCAUUCACGAUACGGUAGAAUGAGCUUGAUCUUAAAAGAUUUUGAAGUUUGUGCUCGAUUAAAAUAAUGAUUUUAAAACUUCAGAAUUGCCUCCAAAUCGAAGAAAAAUAAGUUCGUCUUCUCUCCCAAUUCCUAUUUCCAAAUUGGAGGUAAUCAAGCGACGCUGACGUAUUUUUUGGAGAGGAACAGCGGGUUAACUGUAAAGGACUUAACUGGGCAUGCAGACGGUAAACUUCAAGCUCCCGUUCAAACUAUCAAACAAACUAUUUAGAUCAGAGAACGGAGCUCUCGUAUGUCGAGAAAAAGAAUGUGGAUGUAGCCAAGGUCUGGGCACAACUCCAGAAAGAAGAAUCCGCGGCGGGGAAAUGGGGGAAAAGCCGGGCUUGGCGAUUGGGACAUCUGAAACUGGAGGGGAGCGUCGAUUCGGGAAUCAGCCGCUCUUCGGCCGCUUCCGCGAUCUGUUCCCUCCAGUGA